ACAUGGUUGAAGAGUCUGUUGACGACAUGUAUGAUGGCUGCAGAGACGCAAUGAGGAACAUCCUCAAAAAUAAUUUCUCCGGGCUGAAGAAAGGACUCUGGAAAAUAAGUAACAGCUGUGCAAACCAGAAACUAAAAGAAAGACGUCCAGAAGACAAGGCUCUGACCAUAGAUGACCUGAAAGCUAUCUGUAUGUACACAGGUCCAGAAUAUUAUGCUCAGCUCAAUAAAGACACCAGGACACAAAAGAAUACAUACGGUGGGUCAUUCAAGUUCCACAAAUUACAUUUCUAUCUGACCACAGCCUUACAAAUCCUGAAUCCUAAUAAAAAAUGUCACACCACCUAUAGACGGACUAAGGAUAGAUAUGAAGGUCAAGUUGGCCAAAGAAUCAGAUUUGGCUACUUUGCUUCCAGCUCCACAAGGUUUGACCUGUUUGACUUUGGUAAUGAGACUUGCUUUAAAAUUCAAACUUGUUUAGGUGCAGAUUUGAAAAAGAGAUCAGUGUAUCCAGAUGAGUGUGAAAUUCUAAUCCCACCAUAUGAGAUGUUCACCAUCAUGGAAAAAAUCCCAAAACAUAAAGCACCUGUAGGUCUGAAAGACUGUAAUGUUGUUUAUGUUUUGAAGCAUUCAGGGRCUCGGAGCAAUCUGAACUGUAAACUGGUUGGAAAGUUCAAAGGUUCAUCAGCAGCAAGUUGGAUUAAACCAGUGGUUCCCAAACCUUUUCUGACGGGCCCCCCUUUGGUUUAUAAAAAUAAUUUAAUGCCCCGGGAGGGCCCGCUUUCUUCACCUCGCCUCAGGUGCGGUAGGGUCARCACCCUGCCUCCAAACUGGUUCGGUCUCAUCCCGUCCAGGGUGAGGAGUUUGGAGAAGAAUGUGCAGGAAAUGUCCAGACUCACUCUGGGCCCCAACCCGAUCCCCUUAUGGGCCCGGGCCAGGGGCAUGCUGCCCUCCCAGCCCCCCCUGAAGCUUCGCCCCUGUUACCAGUGA